UGUGUGGACCAUCACCAGCGACCCGGGCACCACGAUUUACAUCGGGUUCGCCUACAUCUUCAUGAAUGUCAACCUGUCUUACACGUUUGUGGUAGGAGAGGGUUCUGAACCCACGAGCUCCAGCAGUGAACUAUACAAGCUUGAUUUCAAGAACGGGGAUGGCUGCGACGAUGGUAGAGAGUACUUUGUGGGGAGUAACCGAGCGUGGGUCCGGAUGUCUGUGAACACAUCGCCCCUUGAGUUCCAUGACUGUAUUGUAGUUUCGUUGGCGUUUACUCAGAAGGCAGGACCAGGUAUUUGUAAUGAGGGGACACGUGAGUUAUGCAUUGAACCUCCCGGCUGCAUGCCCUAUGCCGCAAUCUGUGAUGGGCGAGUGGAUUGCCAAGACUUCUCCGACCAAGUUAAUUGCAAAUACUGCGGUUUUACUGAUGUGAGUCUAAACACCGGGGUACCAGUCAUACUUCAUUUCCCAUCCAACUUGGAUGAUCCAGCACAGAUCGGGCUCACUACCGACUGUAUAUGGAACGUCACUGCUCCCCAAAACAGCAUCAUAGAGAUUAACAUGGUAGCUACCGCAAAGGACGGACCUGAUAUCUAUGUGAAACCCACCGCUGGGGGCGCUGACGACGCCAGUCUGAUUGUUUUGAGGAGUAAUACAUAUGACGUCAUGUACAGUAAUGCCAGCGCUAUCAAGAUUUAUGCAGAUGCUAUUGUGGCGAUCUAUUUUAAGAUUCAAUUGACUGCUUACACGGAGAAAGUUUGUCAUGCGACUGACUUUCAGUGCCAUAACCAGCAAUGUGUAAGUGAGACCUCUGUAUGUGACGGCAUACAGGACUGUGCGGUUCUAGAAGACGAAUAUGGUUGUGAUAAUUGCUCCACUACCGAUAGCUACAUGUGCCCAGGGGAUCAGAGUUGCAUCAAUUCCAACUUAGUGUGUGACGGCACGGGUCAUUGCACAGGAUUUACUGACGAGUUUGAUUGCGGCAGAUGUGGUGACCCGUACAUUGAACUGAGCAGUGAACCGGCUCGAAUCGUUCAACCGGUAAGCGUUACGGUCGACUGCGUCUGGAUAGUCUCCACCUCAAGCCGUAAAUUAUCCCGCAUCAGGCUCGACAUCCUGCAACUGAUGAUGACUCGCAUACAUCGGACAUCAUCACCGAUCUCGAAGGUUUACCUAGCGAGUCUAACUAUUGGCACUGGAAGUGUACCGUACGUUGGGGGCAGUGUUGUCCGCAGGCUGACCCGCACCAAAGCCUAUCCACCGGUAUUGACCUUCGAUGGCCCCGCAAUAUGGAUAAUCGUCGAUGUAGAUAACAAUCCAAGUCGACCUACGCGAGGAGUACCGUCCAUUGAGCUGAGUAUCAUGCAACAGGCGCCCCAUAAUUGCAAUGAGAGUCAAUACGCAUGUUCAUCCGGGCUACUGUGCAUUCAAAAAGAUAGACUCUGCAACGGUCAGGUUGACUGCCCAGAAUUCGACGACGAAAUUGGGUGCGAACCAUGCGAUGGAAAUCAAUUUAAAUGUACCCGUAGUAACGGCUGUUUGGACCCGGCGUUGCUGUGUGACGGAGAAGCACAGUGUCCGGACAGUUCCGAUGAAGGGAAAUGCGCCCCGUGCGGAGAAAACUACAUUGACGUAUCGUCGAGUCACCAGUCUCUGACUUCACCAUUUUACCCAAACCGCUACCACAACAACAUUCACUGCGAGUGGUUUGUCCACGGGGCACGAGGCUUUGACGUCGUCGUCGUGAUCAUAGACUUCUACACCGAAAGAGACUUUGACUAUCUGUUAGUGGAGUACAAUUCGUCAAUGUUUGUCAAACUAUCAGGCAAGAGUCACCUUCGGAGACUCUCGUUAUAUACACAAGAAGUGAAGCUGUCUUUUCUGUCAGAUUAUACCGUAGCUGUUUCUGGUUUCUCUCUGAGGCUUGUGCAAAUGGAAACAGCAUCAUGUGGUGAUCUAGAGGUCCCGUGUAACGGUACGACCCAUCUACAGUGUAUAUUGGAAACGCUGGUGUGCAAUGCUGAAGGAGAUUGCCCUGGGGCUACAGAUGAAGUCCACUGCCCAGAUUUUUGUGGCGAGACAAAAAUCCACCUCGGAGUAGACCCACACAACAUCACGUCACCCAGGUUCCCCAACCUCUACCCUCUGGAAACAGAAUGCAUAUGGGAGAUCAACGCAGUCGAUACAGACGUUGCCAUCAAACUCGAGAUUCAUGAGUUCCAUCUGGAGCGGGGCUAUGACUGGUUAGAGAUUCGUGACACGAAUCGGAGUGAACAUCAAUCGUCAACCGUGUUCCUGAGCGGCACUACACGAAUAUCCGCCAUUCUGUACCGUAGCAGAUUCCUCACUAUGCGUUUCACCAGUGAUGAAAUAAUAGCCAAGGGAGGCUUUCUGAUUACUCUAAAAACAGUUGACAAUGACUACACUUUGUUCAAGACAUGCCCUAAUCUCUAUAAAUGCCCGGCUACGGCAAACCCUGUGGAUUUCUGUCUGGAAAAGGACGCCCAUUGUGAUGGUUUUGGUGACUGCCCUGACAGCAAAGAUGAGAUCAGUUGUGGAACUGUUGAUUGUGACGAGAAUGAAUACCGGUGCGAUGGGAGGCAACAGUGUCUCAUGUGGGGUUCUGUAUGUAACGGUAUCCCAGAAUGUGAACUCUUCCAAGAUGACGAAACAGACUGUGCUACUCGAGGGUGUCCUGGGCACUGUACAUGCUUCAUUGGUGACAAGGGCCUACACGUAAAAUGCAAUAAUGGCUGGACGCAUGACACGGUGGAUAAACUCGUUGUAAUUACAGGAGUAUUAGACUUGAUAGGUGGUAAUAUAACGACACUGGAUGAAGGGAUCUUUAAGAGAUUGGUGAAUCUUAAAACACUGUCUUUGAGAAAUAACAACAUAUCCAGAAUUGAACUGAACACCUUUGCAGGUCUGAGUAAUCUGACAUCAUUGGAUAUAUCGGAGAACCACUUCACUAAAUUACCAGGAGGUAUAUUUGAACAACAGGUUAAGCUUACUGAGUUAGGCUUACGUUCAGUGCCGAUUCAUCUGAUUGAGACAAACGCCUUCAAGGGACUGAAGUGUUUGGAAAAGCUAGUUUUGAUGCACGGCAAUGGCUCAAUAGAUGACACACAUGAGUUUGCAACUGAGGUCGAGGCUGGAGCUCUGACAGACCUACUGGCUCUCCAAACCGUAUAUGUUGACGACUACAAGCUUUGCUGCGACUUCAAUGCCUUUCUCAACAACAGUAAAGACUGCGUCACCACUCAGCUCCAGUCUCCCCUCUUCAACUGUGGCAGGCUCAUGCCCAAUGCCGUCCUCCAGGGAUUCAUGUGGCUUCUUGGCUUUAGCGCCCUCAUCGGCAACGCAGUGGUCAUCGCCUGGCGAAUCAGAGAGGACAGUGGGAAAGGCAGCAAGUAUGUGCACUCGUUCCUCGUAUUGAACCUCGCCAUCUCGGACUUCUUUAUGGGAGUUUACAUGAUCAUCAUCGCAACAGUGGAUGAGAUAAAGAAAGAGAGCUACUACCUGGUGGCCACACAGUGGAGGAACAGCGCCCUCUGUAAAGCAGCUGGGAUCAUCUCUGUGCUGUCGUCUGAGGCAUCGGUGUUCUUCAUUACCUUGAUAAGCAUCGAUCGCUACAUGUGCAUCGUGCACCCUUUCAGUCGAGUCCGGUUGAGGGAGAGAUCGGUGUGGUUCACGGCAGGGUUUAUCUGGAUCAUGACGCUCGGAUUAUCCGUCGUUCCUACUGUGUUGAUCACCAAAGACUCCAACAUUUAUGGACUGUCGGAUGUUUGUAUUGGACUACCUCUGCUUACCACGCCUUCGGGGUAUACCUUUAAGGAGCAGGAUAUUGGAGACCAGUUGACUAACGACACCUACUUGAUACCGGUACCGCAGGGUAGCAAGCCAAGCUGGUCCUACUCCAUUGUGCUCUUCCUCGGUGUCAACCUCUCCUGUUUCAUCACCGUGACGUACUGCUACAUUGCCAUCUUUGCCAAGGUCAAGAGGUCAAUCCGCCGCGUCAAACAGGGCUCCCAUAAAGAGGAGGAAAUAAAAAUGGCGUCCAAGAUGGCCAUCAUCGUAGGCUCGGACUUUCUCUGCUGGAUGCCGGUCAUAGUGCUUGGUAUCCUAUCACAGACCAGUGUGAUUAAGAUCGAGCCGGAUGUAUACGCCUGGCUAGUGGUGUUCGUCCUUCCUAUAAACUCAUCCCUCAACCCGUAUCUGUACACUAUUGUGACUGUCAUCAGCCGUCGUCGACAGUCGUUCCCUGCCUCCAGUCGAAAAAGCUCUAAAGCUAAGCACGGAGCCACGGAUGUAGAUCUCGGAGGAAAAAAUGAUCUUUUUACCUUAACAACCAAGACAGGGACUUUGUCCACGAGUAUGGAUUUAUAGGAGAAAAACUGCACACGUUAAUGAAUUCUGUCUAAUCUUUUUGGAGAGUUGACUACUGAGAAAUGGAUUCCACUUGUGCAUUGAUGGAUGUUAUGUGAACAAGCUACAGGAAAGUGAUAUGUUAGCAGCCCCGUACAUCAUAAUGCAAGGAUUACACGAAGCAAAACCUGAAAGACUGUUGAAUCGCCUGGGAGCAUCUAUCUGCCAAUCAUGAAGCCUUGAGAUCAUCUAUAAGGUUGGGCAACGAGACGGGCGCAGAACUUCAAUGAUCUACGCUGGAUGCUUUCUUUUGCGCAAUAGACCUUUAUCAUGCUUUCCCCGUUGGUCAUGUUCCUUGUUUCCAUAACAGUGAUGAAUGCUAACAUGCAUUGCGCAAAAAUGGCACCAAACUAUUAUUUCGUCCAGCCUCAGUUUGGUUAGAACGAGUUGGAAUGGAGUAAAAUCAAGUUGGCCAGUGCACACCGUGAUAAGGUCUAUGCCUUUGCAACUACCGCGUAGAGAUUCGGACCUUCACCCAGUGGUAGGAGGCGUGACUGUCUGACUGACUGCAGAAAUGAAUUCAAACUAGUCAUGCUUUCAGAAUGUGAUGGACUGGUCAGUCCUGUUCAAAACUGCGAUUGACCUGCCCCCUGCCAACACAAGAAUUCGUGUCGCUGUUGCGACCCGCUUCAUAGUUUGUAUUUUACAGUAGUGAUAUAGACUGGGCCAAAAAUUUCAUAUUGCUGCAAAGCAGCAAAUAUUGCGUAACAAUAUUUUGCUAAGCAUAUAAAUGAGCACUGGAUACCAGUCAAAAAUUAUACAUGUGAUCUAUGGCUGUUUGGCUGGUAACCCUUUUCUGGUAAUCAAUAUUGUGCGCGUAGCUACUGUUGUGCUUAUAAGCAGCUCCAUAAAAUAAAGCCCUGGGCCCAAUGUUAUGCUAAGCACAACAA